AGAAUUUACGACUGGUCAACAAAGGCACGUGAUGCCCUAACGCUCUCCCAUAUUUGGCCGCAUACAUGGCAAAAACGAAGUACAGUGCAUUGCUAUAAUUCAUUAUUACAUCAUAAAUUGUACGGCGCUGGAUUUUAACGACCAAGAUCUACAAAUCAAGACAUUUUAAAACAUCCAAAUGAGCUCUUAUUUUCUAAACUCGUUCUCAGGGCGCUAUGCAAAUGGGUCUGAUUAUCAGUUACUAAAUUAUGGUUCUAACGGCGCUAUGAACGCUUCUUACAGGGACUCCAACAGUAUGCAUUCCGGUUCUUUCGGUUACAACUACAAUGGAAUAGACCUAAGUGUAAAUCGACCCAACAAUGGCCAUUUCGGGGCAGUUGGAGAUAAUUCUCGCGCUUUCCAAAACCCGGGUGAGGAUACCCGGUACAGACAGUCGAGCUGCUCGCUCUCGUCUCCAGAUCCCCUGUCUUGUGCCACCAACGAGACACUGGAAUUGAAAGGUUCCUCUCCUCCAUCUGAUCAGAGCACACCAGCGGGCAACAACAGACUCGCCAACAGCAACAAUCUCACCAGCAGCAAUAGCACACAUUUCGCAGACACAGACGACACCAAUGUCUCAUCCGAGACCGAGGAAGGAGCACAAACAAACACCACCACACGAAUGCAAAAGCAAGAAUCUGUCGCGACCUCGACUACAACACCUAACGACGGUCAAACUCCACAGAUAUUUCCAUGGAUGAGGAAACUGCACAUUAACCAUGAUAUGACUGGACCUGAUGGGAAACGGGCUCGAACAGCCUACACACGCUACCAGACGCUCGAGCUGGAGAAAGAGUUCCAUUUCAAUAGAUAUCUCACGCGCAGGAGGAGAAUAGAGAUAGCUCACGCGCUCUGCCUCUCAGAGAGGCAAAUCAAAAUCUGGUUCCAAAAUCGCAGGAUGAAAUGGAAGAAGGACAAUAAACUGAAAAGUAUGAGUCUUGCUACAGCGGGAAGCGCAUUUCAAAAUUGAUCAUAUAGCGUCCACAGUUGUAAACUCGACUACUGUUAAAGCGCUGCACCUUUCAGCUUGCUGAUAUCACCUGGCAACGUGUAAUUUCCCCAUGCAACUCAAAUUGUCAGCUGUUGAAUAUUGUUAUCAUCACUUAUGCUAAACUAGUUACAGUUACCAUAAAAUGAGUGUGAAUGUCAAGUGUGUAAAGUUUUUAAAUUCGUGGAAGAAAGCAUGUUCCAUGUGAGCUAUUUGUGCAACGUAUUCUAGACCUGUUACCAGAAUUAUGUACAGUACAACUCGCACUACCUAACUAUCGUAAGAGAUAGUAAGUGAAAAAAUAUAUAUAUUGUUGUAUCCUUGUAUUGAAACGUCAUGUAUUAUUCAAGCAACAUGCUAUAUUCUUGUUAUGUGCCGGGCUUAUUCAUUUCUCGUAGAUGAUACCUGAAUAAAAAUACAAAAAUAUUUUCGCACUUACAUUUGUGUAUUUAGGUUGCAGCACAAGAUUAAUUUGGGCUCAUGUGAUCCCCUAUGAAGAAUGUCUUUAUACAGUAGUGACCAAUAUGUUAUUUGUAGUGCACAACGUGAGUUAUGAACGUCCUGUGUUAAAACUUGGAGACAUAAUUGUUUUGCCAUUGAAAUAUUGAUGCUAUCUCUGCCAUUUUUG